GGCUGGUUUAGUGUGGCGUAGCUAUGUGUGGCGUAGACCGUGGCAUUGAGGCCGGGACAUGGAUAAGCCACUGCAAUCUUGCAUGCUUGCAAUUUUCCACAUGUGGCUGAACUUCACCAAGCGAAUGGAGGGGCAAUGGAACCCCUCAUUCUCAUGGAACCCCUCAUGCUUCUGCGUUGCUUGGCUCCAUGCCGCGUUCCGGUCUUGCGAGGCCACCACAUACCUACAGCUAAGGAUUCAGGUAGUAACGGAAAUCGAUCGGAAGCAGAAAAUAUCAGUUAUCGGCCUUACAGUCUAUGAAUUAGUCUCGUUACUGGCUAACAACAAAGAGGCUGAAGUCAUUAGUCUCAGAUCCAGCGGCUUGACUGAGGGAAUUUGGAGUCAGCCAAUAGUUUCGGCCUUUCACACUUCCACCUUUGUGUCUUCCCGUUCGCUGCGGUGGGUCUCUGGACUCCGUUUGACGUCUCGGCCAGUGGGGGGCACAGGGCUCGGGACUUCCACACUCAUGGCACACAUCGGACGCGACUGGUGCGGUUCGCUCUACAACAGCUAAUUCCGGUGUAUCCGCGGAGACUAUGAGAGGUGGGAGAACCGAAUCUGUGAAGAUGAGUAACCGGAGAAGCAAAACUACAUAGAACGUUUCUGGCCAGCAGCCAGAUGUUUGCCCGGAUCGGUCCAUAACAGCCAAGUCCGCUAGAGAGGAUCAAUAAU